AUCGAUUCCGUAUGGAUGCGCGGCUCGUAGAGCACGUUAUUUCAUCAACCAAGUUAAAUUGAUUUUUUAAUUAAUUAUCGAUGCUAGUAAGCUUGCAUCUUUAGUGACGAGUGCGUUCUUUCGACUUUUCGUGAAUCCACUAAAUAUCAAUUUGCACGAACCAUACGAUUUCCCGGCAAGUGCGAGCUAACCUCUCUAGUCUGUAAUUUCGAAAUUAAUAUCGGUAAAUCAGUGCAAGUGUUAUUUACAAUAACAAUUAACUCUGUAAUUUAGAGCACAAUGGGUGAGAGAAAGGGUACGUUUAAAGUUGAGUACCUCCAGAAGAUAGAGCGGGAUGUUCAGAAAAAAUGGGAGGAUGACAAGAUCUUUGAGGAAAAUGCUCCGGUUGAGCCAAAGAAGAGGAGCGAUGAAAAGUUCUUGGCUACCUUUCCGUUUCCUUACAUGAAUGGCAGACUACAUUUAGGACAUGCGUUUUCAUUGUCCAAAUGCGAGUUUGCAACAAGGUACAAUAGACUGCUGGGAAAAAAGGUGCUUUUUCCCUUUGGCUUCCACUGCACUGGCAUGCCCAUCAAAGCAUGUGCAGACAAAUUGAAGCGAGAAAUGGAAACUUUUGGCUAUCCACCAAAAUUUCCAGCCACUGAGGAUGACAGUCCAGUUGAGGAAGCAAAUAAGGAUGUUGUUAUUGUAGAUAAGAGUAAAGGAAAGAAGAGUAAAGCUGUUGCAAAGGCUGGUGCAGCGAAAUACCAAUGGCAAAUAAUGCAAAGUCUAGGAUUGAAAGAUGAUGAAAUACAACAUUUUGCCAAUGCUGAAUAUUGGCUGGAUUAUUUCCCUCCUCUUGCUGUGCAAGAUUUGAAGAAUUUUGGUCUAAAUGUAGACUGGAGACGUAGCUUUAUGACUACUGAUGCCAAUCCCUUUUUUGAUUCCUUUGUAUGUUGGCAAUUCAAUCAUCUAAAGGCUCGUAAUAAAGUAAAGUAUGGUAAAAGGUACACUAUCUUCUCACCCAAAGACAAUCAGCCAUGCAUGGACCAUGACAGGUCAUCUGGUGAGGGUGUUGGUCCUCAAGAAUACACCUUGAUUAAAAUGAAGAUGCUGAAACCGUAUCCCAACAAACUACAAUCCACUCCUGAUGCAACACCAAUAUUCUUGGUAGCUGCUACCCUUAGGCCGGAAACAAUGUAUGGCCAAACGAAUUGUUGGGUACGACCAGAUAUGCGUUACAUUGCUUUUAAAACUGUAAAAGAAGAAAUUUUUAUAUCCACUGAAAGGGCAGCGAGAAAUAUGUCGUGGCAAGGUUUCACGAAAGAAGAGGGUAAAAUCGAUAUUGUUGUUGAGUUGACUGGUUCAGACAUAUUAGGUGCCUCUCUCAAGUCACCCAAGACUUCCUAUGAUGUCAUUUAUACUCUGCCAAUGUUGACUAUCAAAGAAGACAAGGGAACUGGUGUUGUAACAUCUGUACCUAGUGACUCCCCUGAUGAUUAUGCAGCUCUCGUUGAUUUAAAAAAGAAACAGCCUUUAAGAGAGAAAUAUGGUAUCAAAGACAACAUGGUCUUACCAUAUGAGCCUGUUCCAAUCAUUGAAGUACCAGACUUUGGAAAUCUGUCUGCAGUUACUGUGUAUGAUCAGCUAAAAAUCCAGUCUCAAAAUGAUUCUGUAAAACUACAGCAAGCCAAGGAAAUGGUCUACUUGAAAGGGUUUUACGAUGGUGUUUUGCUAGUUGGUGAAUACAAAAACAAGAAAAUUCAGGAUGUCAAAAAGAAUCUUAAAGACGAAUUGAUAAAUAAAAACGAAGCAGUAAUUUAUUACGAACCCGAGAAGACCAUCAUCUCUAGAUCUGGAGACGAGUGUGUUGUUGCCUUGUGCAAUCAGUGGUACUUGAAUUAUGGCGAGCCAGAGUGGAAGGCAUCAACCGAAAAAGCUCUAGAAAACUUAGAAACUUUUCACGAUGAAGUAAGAAAAAAUUUCCAAGCGUGCCUUGAUUGGCUUCACGAGUAUGCGUGCUCAAGAACUUAUGGUCUUGGAACCAAGUUACCUUGGGAUAAGCAGUGGCUAAUUGAAUCUCUAUCUGAUUCAACAAUUUACAUGGCAUACUAUACAGUGGCACACUUAAUUCAAGGAAACAGUUUCAAAGGAGACAAGCCCAAUGCACUUAAAAUCAAAGCCGAAAACAUAACUCCUGAAGUUUGGGACUACAUAUUCUUUAAGGAAGCCAAGCUGCCGUCUCCGACAACGUGCAAAAUUCCAGAGCAUGCUUUGAAUUUGAUGAGAAACGAAUUUCAGUACUGGUAUCCAGUAGAUCUUCGCGUUUCUGGCAAAGAUCUUAUUCAGAAUCACUUGACGUUUUUCCUUUACAACCACACAGCAAUUUGGCCUACUGAACCAGAAUUGUGGCCCCAAGGUAUUCGAGCCAAUGGUCAUUUACUGCUGAACUCGGCAAAAAUGUCCAAAUCUGAAGGAAACUUCUUAACGCUUUCUGACGCUGUUAAAAAGUAUUCAGCUGACGGUACACGUCUGUGCUUGGCUGACUCUGGUGAUUCGAUCGAAGAUGCUAAUUUUGAUGAGAGAAACGCUGAUGCUGGGAUCCUGAGGCUGUUCACGUUUAUUGAAUGGGUCAAGGAAAUCAUUGCAGCUCCCAAGAGCACAUUUCGUCAAGGAAAACCCAGUACUUUCAAUGAUAAAGUAUUUGAUAGUGAAAUUAAUUUGAAAAUUAAGGAAACGGGUGAAAACUACGAUAAGAUGCUGUAUAAAGAUGCUCUCAAAACUGGCUUUUUUGAAUUACAAUCGACGAAAGAUAAAUAUUUACAACUCAGUGCACUGGAAAGCAUCAAUUUGGAUCUUCUGAUGCGAUUCAUAGAAUUUCAAACUAUAAUCUUGUCACCUAUUUGUCCUCAUGUAGCGGAAUAUGUUUGGAGCUUGAUUGGAAAGAUAAGUAGUAUUGUAAAAGCCGACUGGCCAACAGUUGGUGAAAUUGAUGAAGUUUUAAUACAAUCCUCCCAAUAUCUUAUGGAUGCUGCUCACUCAUUCAGAGUGCGCCUAAUCAAUCACAUGUCGGCAAAAACAAAGAAAUCACAAAAAGGACCCGUGACUCCGACAGUAAAACCUACUGGUGGUAUCAUUUAUGUCGCAAAAACGUGGCCUACCUGGCAGAGUUCCGUUCUAACUACUCUAAAAGAUUUGUACACGAAAAAUGGUAAUAAUCUUCCAGAAAACAAAGUGAUAGCCGCUGAGUUAGGUCGAAAAGACGAUUUGAAGAAGUAUAGUAAGCGAGUGAUGCCGUUUGUACAGAUGACAAAAGAAAAACUUAUGGCCGUUGGAAUUGGUGCUCUCAAUUUAACUUUAGAUUUCGAUGAACUCAACGUGCUUCUAGGCAGCCAAGAGUACUUACGAAACACUCUUGAUCUGGACAAUUUGGAAAUCAAAUAUUCAGACGAGGCUGAUGAGAAGACGAAGGAAGAGUGUUGUCCUGGUGCACCAUAUAUAUCUUUUUGAUGUUAAUGAUUGUACAGUGGUGAAGGCAAUAAAUGUGAACUUAAUAGAACAAGGGCUUUAUUUGAAACACAGAUAACAAGAGACACACAG